AUUUCUAGAAAGAGGCCAACCCCUAAUUUGCCACAAGAGGUCAUAAGAGCUCUAUCCCAUAGAAGACUUUAAUGCAUACACAGUAACAUAGAAAAUAAGACUUCAAACUUUAUAACGUUAUUUAGAUAAAUGACUUGAAUGUGCGUUGGAAGCUAGUGUUUGCAUUUUUAUACUUAAUUUUAAAUAUCCACACCGCAUGUUUUGCAACGAUAUACAGUAUUUUACCUCAAUAUUCAGGAUGUUUACUAUGUUCUUUCCACCGCACACUUAGAACUUUCUAGAACUCUUUUAGAUAGAAGCUCAAUCAGUUAGCCGAGCAUGCGCAGUAAGACUCAGGUGGGUUUUGGCUGCGCCCCAAACCGCUUACCUUAUCCUAGACAAAGUGUUAACGAAUGGUCACAUAAAAGCAGCGGCGGUGCGCUAGUUUUACACACCUUUUAGUACACUAUAUUCGAUUUGGGACACAGCUUGUAAAACAGCCGCCGCUGUGACAGUUAAGUGAAAAUAAACACUCGCUUUGCUACUAGUUUAGCUGUUUUAAAAUAUGAAAUACGAUGUUAAAAUUGUCCCAAAAGACAACUGAACUGUUUUAAGCUGCUUAUGGUGUAAAUUCUUUAUCUAUAUGAAACAGGUACAGAGCAGCCAGACGGAUGAAAACGAGCAGCAGCACUUUAUUCCGCAUACUGGGCACAGCAGUAGUAUCCGCUCGGUUGCUGUUUGUUAACCCGAAGAUGAGCGGCGGCAGCUCGGGAAGCCCGGGCUGUAGCUCAUGUCCGCCCAGACUGGUGCGUCUCUUGGCGGUUCCCGGCUCUCAGCCACACCGCAUCAACGAUGUGUUGCUGCUGCGGCCCGAUGCCACGCACACCGAGCAGCCGCGCUUUGAAAACACUGCGCACGUCGUCUUUUUCCCCGGAGACAUUCAGAAUUUCCAUCAGGAGAUGGCAUUGCAGCCCGAGGCAGCACCAUGGCUCUCGUUUAGCCUGGAGAGGGUGGCUGUAGUGCUUGGUGCCCGUUUUCCAGGUCGCCAUGUGUGGCUGGUACGACCAUCACGCUUUUACCUGCAAAAGUUCAGCUGCUACGCCAACUUUGUUGCAAGCGAUGCAUUCGGCGCACCUAAGCACUCACCCAACUACGGUGCUGUGCGUCACUUACGUGCCCUCCUGGGCCACGCCAUGGAGCUAGCAGGCAUUGCCAAGCCUUUGCCGUCAUUAGAAAACGUGCCUGUGCCUGCUCCUUUGCCUCGAGGCUUCUCACUCAUUUUAGUUGGCUUCAGUAAGGGCUGUGUGGUUCUGAACCAGAUUGUACACGAGCUAGGAACAGCCCGUGCUGACCCAGAGCUGCAGAAGUUUUUGGAUUGCGUCUCAGACAUGUACUGGCUGGACGGUGGACAUCCAGGCACUGGUGAGACAUGGGUGACUGAUAAGCAGGUAUUGGGUAAAUUGGCAUCCACCAGAAUUGCUGUGCAUGCUCAUGUUACUCCCUAUGAAGUCUGCGAUCCAGGGAGGCCGUGGGUGGGACGAGAACACAGGCGUUUUGUGAAGACGUUGGAGGAGCUUGGCGCCUGCAUUACGCAUCAACUGCACUUCAAAGAUGAGCCAGCAGCCAUCACUAACCACUUUCGAGUUAUUGAGGAGUUUUGAUUACAAAAGCUAUGCUUCUGUUGGCAGGAAUAAAGACUAUCUCUCUUACGACAGCCUGCUUUUCAUACAAGGAGGAUUAAAGCGUUUGGAUCUGAAAUGCAAGCUUCCUUAAGUACAGAUGCACAGACCAGAUAUUGAGCUGAUAUUGGUCUGCAACAUUUGAUUGUUUUUUGUACUGUUUACAGAUUUGGGCUGCUCUUAUAAUGUUAUAAUUAAUUAUAUUCUUUUUAAUUAAGAAAUGGCCAUUCCCACCUUCAACUGACAUGACCCAAAACAUUUAUAUUAUAUUACUAUUAUAUUAUAUUACUAUGUCUCACAACAAAAAUGUCCUGGGUACGAUUCCCAGGUGAAGCGGUCUCUUCUGUGUGGAGUUUGCAUGUGCUCCCCGUGACUUUGUGGGUUUCUUCUGGGAGCUCUGGUUUCCUCCCACAGCUCAAAUACAUGCAGUCAGUUUCAUUGGAGCUACAAAGUAUUGCCCCUAGGUGUGUGUGUAUGCCUUGUUGUGGUGACCUGUCCGGGGUGUUUCCUGCCUUUUACCCAGUGAAUCAGACCCACCGCAAGCCUGAAUAGGACAAUGUGGUGGUAAAACAGACAGUGAAUGAAUUUAUGUUCAUGCCUUUUUACCUGGGCCUGCUUAAAUUAUGACUUUUCUAUAAGUCUUAUAGUGUUGAAUAAAGAAUGUAAUAUGUUCUGACCAAAUUUGUGAACUUAACAUGGCUAAUAAUUUUGAAAAGGGAGAAACUAUCUUUACAAAUUAAACACAUUUAUUAAUCCAUGUGAACAUGAUCUGUCUCAGGUAGCACGGAACAAAAUCUAUCCACACGUUUCUUCAUAAUACCAACAGUUUAGUAUUUCAGUUUAUUAAAAUCUUUGACAUUUACUUAAAAGUAUACUCCAUGUACUACUAAUAAUAAUUACAAGUGUUGGAUAUAGUAUUUAAUUUAACACCUACCUACAAUCCAUACAGCGUUUUAUUAAAAAUGAUUUUAAAACUGCUAUAUUUCUUAUAUAUAAAACAGAAAUUCUAAUUCUCUAAAUGUAUUUAAUUGGUCAUUUUUCUUGAUUGUGUUUAUAGAUUCUGUUAAUUCCUACACAGUAAGCCACCUGAAUGUAAACUUUGUCAUUGAAUGCACCUUAAUUAAGUUACAAAAUAAAGAUUAUACAAAUAGCUACAACAGCAGAUGGUAAAUAUACAGAAUAUAUGCUUAACAGUUGCUAUUUGAUUUGUAUUUAUUUAAAAUAUUUUUGGCUUUCACUGCUGUAAAAGUGAACUACUGUUUUGGACAGGUGUUGUCUUCUUGUAAGUGUUAUUGGUGUUGAAAGUCUGUUGUCUGAAAUUGAAAUGAAAGCUAAAGGUCUGAUAUCAUUCAGUAUAUUUUAGAAAUAGUAGUUGUACUUUUCUUUAACAUAAGCAUGUGAUUUAAAGAUUUAGGUUUGCAUCUGCCAGCUACACAUGCAUUAUAUCAGACAAACAGAUGACCGUAAUUACAGCAGCACUAUAAUAAUUCCAGUUUAGUCUGGCUGUGUGUAGGAUGUGUAAUGUAUUUUGUAAUGGGCGAAAUGGGUUGCAUAAGAUUUUCUACUUUGCUGCAAUGUAUGUACUUCCUGCUAGCAUUCCAUGGCUUAAUAAAAUGAUGUUUUUCUUUUA